AAGUGUGGCAGUGUGGGCAGCAGUGCUGUGAUCAGGAGGAAACUAAGUUCCAUUAGAUUAAGCUCAAUGAAUUUUUAUCAGUUUCCUUUACAAUCAGUAUCUCUUGCUUAGAUUUCUUUUCUAUUAACAAAUGGGGAGUCAUUCAGCAUCACAAAUUGACAUUUUUUUCUAGAUUGGCCAAAAUGGGAAGGGCUGGAUUCUGCUCUAUUCCACGAAGAGUUAAUGGAACUGGCUAAGAUCAAAGUCUGAGGCUUUUUCCAUCAUUAAUCAGUCCCUUUUUGCUUUCUUUUACGACCACAUGAAACUUGAGAAGCCACCUAAAGCUAUAUCACUUAGUGGAGUUGGGCAGUUCCCAGGUGUCCAACAAGAAGGCCUGGUUUAGGCUGCGAUGGCCACUGUCAUUCCUGGUGAUUUGUCAGAAGUAAGAGAUACCCAGAAAGCCCCUUCAGGGAAACGUAAGCGUGGUGAAAGCAAACCAAGAAAAAACUUUCCUUGCCAACUGUGUGACAAGGCCUUUAACAGUGUUGAGAAAUUAAAGGUUCACUCCUUCUCUCACACGGGAGAGAGGCCCUACAAGUGCACACACCAAGACUGCACCAAGGCCUUUGUUUCUAAGUACAAAUUACAAAGGCACAUGGCUACUCAUUCUCCUGAGAAAACCCACAAGUGUAAUUAUUGUGAGAAAAUGUUCCACCGGAAAGACCAUCUGAAGAACCACCUCCAUACGCACGACCCCAACAAAGAGACCUUUAAAUGCGAAGAGUGUGGCAAGAGCUACAACACGAAGCUUGGCUUUAAGCGACACUUGGCCUUGCACGCUGCCACCAGUGGCGACCUCACCUGCAAGGUGUGUUUGCAGACUUUUGAGAGCACAGGUGUGCUCCUAGAGCACCUGAAAUCUCAUGCAGGCAAGUCGUCUGGGGGUGUGAAAGAGAAAAAACACCAGUGUGAGCAUUGUGAGCGCAGGUUCUACACCCGGAAGGAUGUCCGGAGACACAUGGUGGUGCACACGGGAAGAAAGGACUUCCUCUGCCAGUACUGUGCACAGAGAUUUGGACGAAAGGAUCACCUCACUCGACACAUGAAGAAAAGUCACAAUCAGGAGCUUCUGAAAGUCAAAACCGAACCAGUAGAUUUCCUGGACCCAUUUACCUGCAACAUGUCUGUGCCUAUAAAAGAUGAACUCCUGCCGGUCAUGUCCUUACCUUCAAGUGAACUCUUGUCAAAGCCAUUCACAAACACUUUGCAGUUAAACCUCUAUAACACUCCAUUUCAGUCCAUGCAGAGCUCUGGAUCUGCUCACCAAAUGAUAACAACUUUACCUUUGGGAAUGACAUGCCCCAUAGAUAUGGAUGCUGUUCACCCCUCUCAUCAUCUUGCUUUUAAAUGCCCAUUCAGUUCUACCUCAUAUGCAAUCUCUAUUCCUGAAAAAGAACAGCCAUUAAAGGGGGAAAUUGAGAGUUACCUGAUGGAGUUACAAGGUGGCGCACCAUCUUCAUCCCAGGAUUCUCAAGCAUCUUCAUCUAAGUUAGGGUUAGAUCCUCAGAGUGGAUCCCCAGAUGAUGGUGCUGGGGACCUCUCCCUGUCAAAGAGCUCUAUCUCUAUCGGUGACCCCCUCAACACACCAGCAUUGGAUUUCUCUCAGUUGUUCAAUUUCAUACCAUUAAAUGGUCCUCCUUAUAAUCCGCUUUCAGUGGGAAGCCUUGGGAUGAGCUAUUCCCAGGAUGAAGCGCAUUCUUCUGUUUCUCAGCUACCCACACAAACACAGGAUCUUCAGGAUCCUGCGAAUGCAGUGGGUCUUGGUUCUCUGCACUCACUGUCAGCAGCUUUCACCAGCAGCCUAAGCUCCAGCACUACCCUACCCCGUUUCCACCAGGCAUUUCAGUAGGGUCUGGGCCAAGGGAGUUACCCAGAGGUGCUUGUGUAGCCCCACCUGCGAUGACCAUUUAUAUUCUAGUGCCUACUUUAACACAAUACAAAAACUUCUGCUUUUGUAUAAUAUCAGGUUUUAUGAAGCCAGUAAAUAAUAGGAACUAGCCUCUUUGAUAAGCUUUGAAUCGUUCAUGUUUAACUGCGUUUUCUAUUUUCCUGAUUUCCUAUCAGUUGUCAUAGUCUCAGAGUUUUAUUUCAUAUAGGAGCGCCAUUAUUAUCACUAAAUUUUACAAGUCCUGUGUUCAAAUUACUGUUAGACCUUAAAUUUUUCAUUUGUGUCUAAUAGCAAUGGGCAUUGGACAUUUUUUGCAAAUAUGCAGUACAAUGUAAAUCUUUUGAAAUAUGUGUGAAAAACUGAAGUGUUUCACAUUUUUUACUAGCCACUAAAUGGAUUCAUAAUCAAGUGUGUUUUAAAUGAGUUAAGAAUCCAGUCUGAGGAGAGUAUAGUGGUUUCUUAAAUAUACCAUCAUUUCAGAUCAGUAUAUUUUGAGACUGCUAUUAUCUGGCUAAAAUAUAAGAAGUUUCAGUAUCUAUCUAAAAGCAACCUAGAGAGGUCACAGGGUGCUCUGUGUUAGCACUAGCCCUCAGGCUGGUUUGCCACAUUUCAGUCAUCUUUACAUUAACUAUGUGGCUUCAGGGUCUUCAGGAUCAGUGUAGACAUGAUUUGUUGUAUGUAUGUCCUUCACCUUUCAUAGUCCAGGAUGGCUUCAGUAUAACAGCGUUCUUACUUUGUAUGUUGGUCUACAGUUAGUCCAGAGUCUUAGAGCCAUUGUGGGACAAUAGACAGUAAAUAUGUGAAACCCAGAGUGGCUGGGCUGCCUGAGGCGUCGGGGUGAUAGACUUCUCACAGGAAGAUGGACGUAAAACAUACAGCCAAACCCCAGAACUUGUCUAGAGAAUUUCUUUCCACUGUUGCCAGAGCUGAAAACUGGACUCCUUGGGUGCUGAGUAAAAGCCCACACGUCACUUCUAAAGCAUCCCUUGCCCCAGUGCGCUCUUACUCAGUGCAUAUCCAUCUUUCCCUGCUGUGUUUGGAUGGAGAACUUAAAAAUUAGACACAUCAAAAAGCAACUUGAGGAGUUCCACAGUUUUACACAACCAAAAGUUGUAAGACCCCAUUUUUACACAUCUCUGGGAAACAGGAGGAGUGUUAGAAAUAAGUUGAAUCUAUAGAGGAAACAGAGAAAAAUAAAGCAAACACCAAAUGAAUAUGAAUGCACCGUGGCACUCACUGAGCAAGGUAGCGAUGGCCUUCCUCUUGUCAGACAGCCACCAGGAAUGUGAUCAAUAGUUCCAUGUAUAUCUUCCUAAGGGUUAUUUGUGGCAUCAACCUACGAGACUUAUCUAUUAAGCACUUGUUAACACCUUAUUUUGAGACCCCUUCUGUUGGGGCAGGGGUGAGGGGAGAUUCAUAGAAGAGUAUGUAUCUCUUU